AUGGCAUUCAACUCGUCCGCCGAUGCGUCCGGCCACACGCGCCAUCACAACAACCCCUUUGGCAUCAAGGCGCUCAAGGAGGACGCCCACCCGUCCACUGCCAACGCAUCCUCUUCUCACCACAACGGCAGCGACAAGGAGGGCGGCGACGAUGAUUCGCGAGGCAAGAGGUCCAAACGCAGCCGGCUGAAGGCGCGCAGCAUGAGCCCCUUCCGGCUGAGGUACAGCCGCUCCUCGUCGAAGAAGAAGGACGACGACGCAGACGACUCCAACGGCGCCGAGAGCGACGCAGAGUCGGUGGCCAGCAGCACAGGCUCGGGCAUCACGCCGCGCAACAACGCAUUCAACGUCGAGUUUGACGACGACGGCGCCGGCCCGUCGUCGCGCAGGACCUCGACCGACGCUGUAGGCUCGUCGCACGUCAUCGAUGCCCGCGACGAGGCGCAGCGGCUGCACCACGACACCGACGACGACGAACACGACGACCGCGGCGAACACGAAGACGACGACACCGAUGACGACGAGGGCGAUGACGACGACGAAGACGACGUCGACCCGGAGCUGCUCGACAACACGCUGUUCAAUGCCGGCUGCCUCGACCUACACGAAGACUGGGUCCAGGGCGGCGCUGGGAGCACACCGGGUGGCGGCCACUCGCACCAUCACGACACCUACAUCGACGAGAACCUCGAGCACGACGACGACGAGCACAUCACCGCGCCCAACGUCGUGCUUGCCGAGCAGCAGGUCGGCCCGCACAUCCAGCGACGCGGCAGCAAGAUCAUGGCGCUCGACAUCAGCCGCCCGCUGUUUGAGCGCAACCGCUGCACCAUCACUCUCGUCCACGGCGACUACGACACGGCGGCAAAAGAGAGCAAGCGGCCGAAACGCUACAUUGUCGCCAGCGAUGGGAGCGAGGAAUCCUCGUACGCAAUUGAAUGGACCAUCGGCACGGUGCUGCGGGAUGGCGACGAGACGCUCGUCGUCUCUGUCAUGGAGACCGACACCAAGCUCGACGCGCUCGACCCGGCGCACGAGCCGCACGCUGCGCGCAUGGAGCAUCAGCGCACCCGGCAGGGCAUGGCCUCUGUGCUGGCGCGGCAGGCGACGCACCUCCUCGAGCGUACGCGGCUCGAAGUCCGCAUCUCGUGCCAGGCAAUCCACGCCAAAAACUCGCGCCACAUGCUGCUCGACCUCAUCGACUUCUACGCACCCACUAUGGUCAUUGUCGGCUCGCGUGGCCUCGGGUCGCUGCGCGGUAUCCUGCUCGGCUCAACGAGUCACUACCUCGUGCAAAAGAGCAGCGCGCCCGUCAUGGUGGCCAGGAAGAGGCUCAAGCUGCCCGCGCUGCCGAGGGGCAAGGGCGAUGUGGUGCAGAGCGUGCGGAUGCGACACAUGAGACUCGAUCAGGCCGCCGUCGAGAAAAAGAGCAACGUUAGCGAGGAGGGCGCCAAGAAGGACAAGUCCGAGGGCGGCAACGCCAAAGCCGGUGCCGCCGAGCAUGACGACGAAGACGAGGGAGACGGCGAGGCCAAGUCGGAAAGCGAUGUUGCCGAAGCUGCAGACGAGGAUGCGCCGUCAUUGGCGCCACCGGAUCCGACAACAGCUCGGAACGCUGCGGCUCAACCGACCGCCGAUGGUCCACUCGUCGUGCUCGGCUCGAGCGGGGCGCCUUCGUUAUCGAGGACACCGGCCGAGCAAACAUCCGCAGCAUCCGCAGCAACCGCGCAACUGACGACGUCAGCGGGAGACGGCGUGAAUUCGCUCCCCUCCGUGGCCACAGCGGUCGGCAGCGAUAGCAACCCGACUCAGCCAGCCCCAUCGGAACCCGUUCAGCGGCAGAGGCUCGAGGCGCUGUCGCUCGACGACGCCGAGGCGGCAUCGGCGCAAGCCCAGGAUGCAAAACAAGAGGACGGAAGUGAUCAGGAGGCUGCCGCAGCGUCGGCUGGCGCCGCAGAGGGACAGGAAGGGGAGCCUGAGGAGCGCGGGCGAAAGGCGACGAGGGACAUUGUGCUCUAG